AUGGAUAUUAUUAACGAUUACCUAAAUUGUUCUGUUUUAGUAGAAAUUAAUGGACAAGUAAAUCCAAUGAAUAGAUUUCUUUUGGUUUUUGAUAUUUCUCAAAGUCAUGUUGUUGAAUGUAAUGGAAUUGUAUUACCACCACAUCUUUGUAUUGGAACUAUUUAUGACCUUUUUGUUAAAGAUGACGGAGUAAUUAAAUUAGAAUUAAAAAAUGAAGUUGUAAAUAUACAAGAAGUUCAAGAGAGUCAUUUCAAUACUAUCUUACUUUUUUUAAAGAAUUGUUGUAAAAUGAAUGAUGAUUUAAUACAGCAGUCAAUGGAUGAAAUGAAACCUCAAUUAUGGGAACAUCAUAUACUAAAAACACAAGAAGACCAUCUUUUUUUUAAAAGACUAAUUGAAAAGUCUCAAGACUCAGUAUUAUUUAACUUAGUUUAUCUUGAAAGUAAUCAAAUUAAAUCAAGUCUAUUUUUUCUUCCACAAAAAUUAUUAGUUAGUAAGUUUAUGAAGAAAGUACAGAAUCAGUUAAAAAUUAGUUUUUCUUCUAUCACUAAUCAAGGAAUUAAUCUUCCACCAUUUAUGACAGUUGGCUCAUUUAAAAAUUAUUUUUAUGGUUCUGAUCUUUGUGUCACUGUUAUUUUGAAAUGA